AUGCUGAUCAAAUUCUACACUUCCGGAGGGGGUUCUGCAAUUGCCAUUGCUGUUGAGAUUGAGAUUUGCCCACCGACCUGCAGCUGCACCUUGCUCGACCAGCUCUCUCGUUCUUCUGUAGCGCAGCACGAGCUUUUACUAGCUCAUUUGCAGCAGCCAUCAUCUCAGAACCUUUGCAGGCCAGAGACACUAUGUCAGCUGUAA